UGAGACCUUGAAGAAUCCCACAAUAUGGCUACAGUAUUAGAUAAAAUUUCUCUCAGUGAAAGGAAGAUUCAAGAAAUUGUCAAGAAAACAAAGGAGCAUGUAUUACUAUAUGGUAUAAUUAUGAGAACAGCAGAAUCUCCAGGGAAUUCAGACAAAGUCCAGCAUGCUCCUUUCACUCUUUUCCCUUGUUUGGUACCCCGAGGGGCUCUGGCUAAGGUAAAGUCAAUACAAGUACACUUCAACAGGCUGAUGCAUAUGGCAGCACAUGACACUGAAUUUCUACAAGAGUGUCUGAGCAAUGUCGUAAAAGUUGAUGAUUUCAAUAAGCGUCUUUGGGAUAUUUUACUAGUAGUGGCUGAGGAAGGUGUUGCACAGCCUGUCAGUCUUGGCUUGUUCCGUAACGACUAUAUGAUGGAUGUGAAACAAGGGACCUCUGUUGACCAGACGACCCAAGCUUCCAUACCAGAGAAUAUACAGAUGAAACAGAUAGAGUUCAACAUGAUUGCAUCAAGUUUUGGUGGUCUGGUAUCUCCACUGUAUAAUGUUCAUCGGUACUCUCUGACAAUUGCUGGUAAAAAGUUUGAUGAUUCACAAGUACCUGAGAACAACCCAGCUAAGGAACUAGCCAAAGGAUUAGUGGAAGGAUGGAAGGCGUAUGGAAACAAAAGGGCAUGUGUGUUGUUUCUGGUGUCCGAUCCAGAGAGGAAUACUCUUGACCAGAGACGAAUUGAUGCAGAAAUAUUUUCCUGUGACAGAACAGUUUCUGUUAAAUAUGCCACCUUCAGAGAUAUGAAUGAUCGAGGCAGUAAAAGGAUUAGUGACAAAGCAUUAGUUAUAGAUGGCUGUGAGGUGGCUGUUGUUUAUUUCCGUACUGGAUACAGUCCCGAGGACUACAGUUCUGAUAAGGAUUGGGAUACACGUCUGAUGAUUGAACGAUCAAAAGCUAUCAAGUGUCCAAGCAUCCAGUACCAAUUAGCAGGUACAAAGAAAGUCCAGCAGGAGCUUUGUCGACCUGGAGCUGUGGAAAGGUUCAUUAAGGAUGCUGAUAUAGCACUGGCUAUCAGAGAGACAUUUGCAUAUCAGUACAGCCUAGACAUGGGUGAGGACGGCGAUAGAGGGAUAGAAAAGGCUUUUGCUAAUCCUCAGAACUAUGUCCUUAAACCAAACAGGGAAGGUGGAGGUAACAAUAUAUAUGGUGAAGAUAUCAAACCAUUCCUUACCAAAAUAAUGAAUUCCACAGAACGGUCAGGGUAUAUACUAAUGGAGAAGAUUCAUCCCUGGCCACAGACCAAUUAUCUUCUCAAGGUCGGACUGGACAUCAGCCUUCAAAAUGUUAUAAGUGAAAUUGGCAUCUAUGGUGUUUAUCUGGGAAGUGAUGACACAGAGAUCUACAACAGUUUAGCUGGUCACUUGGUAAGGUCCAAGACUUUGGGCACAGAUGAAGGCGGACUGAUGGUGGGGCUGUCCUGUCUCGACACACCAUUUCUCAUUGACUGAUACAGCUGUUGAAUCCUGUUGGUGUAGUCUUGUGUUUUGUUCCUCAACAGACAUACCAGAAUUAUGAAAUGUGUGUAAAGGAGCAGUGUUUUAAUAUGAUAGGAGAAUUGUUGAUUUUCGAUAUUUAUUUUUUCAUGAUUAAAUUAUCAUUUUAAAUAAAGUAAUAAUCUUGUAAGAUAUCCAAUGCUAAAGGGAAUGUGGUCAUCUGAGAGUUUAGACCUUAUUCAACAUGGUGACAUUUUAACUGUGGUCAUCUGAGAAUUUAGACCUUAUUCAACAUGGCCACGUUUUAACUGUGGUCAUCUGAGAAUUUAGACCUUAUUCAACAUGGUGACAUUUUAACUGUGGUCAUCUGAGAGUUUAGACCUUAUUCAACAUGGUCACAUUUUAACUGAUUUUAAGGGACGAUCUUGAAGAAAUAACCUAAAGGAAGUUUAUAGAUGAGUUGAUAGAACAAUUAAAUGUUAAUAUGAGUUCUUGAUAAUUACAGUAAUUAACAAUUCUUUUAUUAAUUUAAGUGGUAUUUCAUUUGAAGUGACAAUCUUAUAGAAGGUUUAAUAAGAGACGUUAAUUAGAAUUAAUCAUGAAAAAAGGCAAUAUUAGCAGUGAAUUGAUAUGAUAGCUCUAGUCAAAUCUAGUUUUCUAAAGGAAGAAAAUUUUAAGAUUUUGAAUAAAGAACUUCAUCGCAUUUACUAUUGUAAUUAAAUUAAAAAAUAAUGAACCAGAAAACAUGUCUAAAUACAUAAAGUAUGUAGGAGAUUAUAAUAGUUUGAGUGGCAUUAUAUUUGUAAUCUUACAUAAUAUUUGAUGUUCACAAGGAACGACUUUUGAUGUCUUCCACUGUACAUGACUACGGCGUAUAAAUUAGCAUUUAAGAUGUAAACAGUGUAUGGGUAUUUAUACAAAUUGUGUUCUGUGAUUGGAAUUGGAAUUUACAUUUAUGACCUUAUAAUCAAAUUGUGAUGUUAAUAUUUGAUUUAGCUUAAAAUACAUUAUAUUAUUUUUCAUCAAAAUCAGGUGUCAUCAGACUCUUUAUGACUUAAUUGAACUCGCUGAAACUUUUGCAUUUAUAUUGAUGAUUAGUAUCUUGUUUAUAUGGCAUGGUUCUCCAGUGUUUAUUCUGAAAUCAUCAUUAGUUUCUCAGGUACAUAAUGUUAUAUGGUACAUAUAUAAAACACUGGAAUUAUAAUAAGACCUAAAAAUAUUAAUCUGAUUUUGACAAAGUUUUGUAAUGUUUGAACUCUUUGUUCUUUACAGAGUUAAUGCCCUUUGUUAUAAAAUUUUUGUCUGGAGUAUUACUUUGCCCACUCUGAAGCAAGGAUCAUACUUAGACAAUGUGCUGUGUACCAAAUUCAUGGCUUUCGACCCCUAAAUUACAGGGGUAUUGGACUUUAUUGAAAAUGUCUUGUCCAUAGCAUAACUCUGCUUGCAUUUAAUGAAGGAUGAUAAAAAUUGGUGUAUACAUUGAUCAUAUGAAGAUGAUGUGCUUUGUGUCGAUGUUAGGGCUCAAAAUCCUUAAGUUACAGAAUUAUUGCCUUUUGUUAAAAUUGUUUUUGUCCUGUAAUGUGGUUUUAGGGGAGCAUUCAUCAGUGUCACUGAUACUCUUAUUGUCUCUUAUCUGAUUAAAAGUGGUUAAUUCAUACCAUCUUCGUCAGUGAUAGUACGCUUUACAUUGGUCAUUUAUCUGAUAAAGGUUACCACCAUGUAGUCAUCGAAACCUUGUGUUAUAAGAAUUUCAAUUCUAUCCUUGACAUGUGUCUAUGUUGAUGGAAACAUGAUUUCAAAACUGAUUAUGUUUUCAGCAUUCAACAAUAAAUAUUUGAAUACAAGUGCAACAUAUUUGUUGCUCUUUCAAUAAAUGUGAUGGGUUGAAGAUCAAAUUGAUAGAUAUAUUGAUUUUUGUAAUAGUAGGUAUUUUAUAGUAGGGUUCUUUUAACCAUAUAAUUAGCUUAAUAGA